AGAGAGGGAGAGAGAGAGAGAGAGCGUAGUGUACACACAGGCUCUGUAUGAGACAGCCUGAGAGUGGGAGAGAUCGAGCAAAAAGAAAAGCAUAGAAAACAAAACGAAAUGAAGAAAGGCAGAGACUGGGACUAAACAUAAUUGAAGCAUCAACUAAAGCACUGGACAGCAAGAAGGGUGGAUAAUUCAUCUGAUAAACACCAGUCCUCCUUAUGCCACGUGGAUAUAAGAAAGUAUGGAAACAAAGGAUUAAAAGAGUGCAAUGCUCAGUCAUUACUGUUUUGGAACUGAGGAAAAUGAUUUGAGGAUCUUUUUUACUUCUGAAAUAAAGAGAUGCUGUUUCUUUCUUCAAAAAACAACAUGAUACUGCUUACCCCGUCUUGCCAUCCCAUCUAAACCACUGUGUUCUUAAUGUGUGGGCAUCUACCCCUGUAGCACUCUGGCUGCUCUGCCAACCUCCAGCAGCAUCCUGACGGCACAAUGCUGUGUGCUCAGGGUGUGGCCACCCAUCUGAUGCUUAGCUCACUCCUGUUGCACUUGGCCACGGGUAGCCUACCGGCUGGCUGUCUUAAAGUAUCAGACAUCCUAAGCUGCAGCAAUCUUGGACUUAAGUGGAUACCGCUAGAGUUACCAGUAACAGCCGCCACCUUGGAUUUCAACCACAACCAUCUGACCAGGCUAGAGGAAGGCAGCUUCACUGGACUUCCCCAUCUCAUAACCCUGAGGCUGGCCCACAAUCAACUGAGCAACCUUUCCCCGGGAACCUUCAGAAACGCAAGUAGUCUGCGCCACCUAGACCUUUCAUCCAAUCAGCUGAACAAGGUGGAUAAUCAUUACUUUCAAGACCUUGUGAAAAUGGAGGAGUUGCUUCUCUUUAAUAAUCAUAUUGUUAGAGUGGAAAGCCAAGCACUGAUCAGCCUGAGCAACCUGCACAAGGUAUACCUCAGCCAUAAUCGUCUGACUGACUUCCCAUUCUUCUCCAUUCAGGAGCACAGUCAUCCUUUUCUUGUUAUACUAGACCUAAGCUCUAACCGUAUGCCCAAGUUACCUGUUGAGGACAUUGCAGCUCUGCCAGCUUCAAUUCAAGGUGGACUUUUCUUGCACAACAACACCCUGAUCUGUGAGUGUGCAAUGUAUAGCAUGUUCAAACAAUGGGAGCAAAAAAACUUCAUUUCAGUCAGGGAUUUCCAAUUGGAGCAUACCUGCUUAGUAUAUGGGGAACCCCGUGCCUCAGUGCAGUUUCUUGAACACACUCGCUUCUUUGAAAACUGCACUGUAAAGGGGCAGUUCCAGUUGGGGGAAGCAGAGAAUAAUUUGAAAGUGGACGCAGGAGAAUCAGUGUUGCUGGAAUGCAAGACUUCACUAAAGGGGCAACAGAUUUCAUACCAGUGGGUAUCUCCACGCAAGGAAUAUAUUGUCCCACCAGGCAACAAUGAUGUAAUGCGAAUGUAUGCAAAUGGAAGCCUGGAGAUUACUGCAGCGCAAGCGGAGGACUCUGGCGUGUACUGGUGUAUGGCAUUGGACCGCCAACAAUUACGGAACGAGACAUGGGAGGUAAACAUCACUGUGAAGACGCAUUCUCAUGAGGCUGAGCCCUUCAACACUGGCUUUACUACUCUGCUAGGAUGUGUGGUUAGCCUGGUACUGGUUCUUAUAUACCUUUAUCUGACACCCUGCCGCUGCUGGUGCCGGAAGCAGCCACUACCUGCAACACCAAGUCCAGCAAAUGAAUGCAGUGCCCAGUCUUCGAUCCUGACACCUACACCACCUGCCACCACAGAGGGUCCCGGCCGCAAGGUCAGUAACAACAAGCAUGUGGUCUUUCUGGAGCCCAUCAAGGAGGUACAAAAUGGGAGACCCAAGGAGGCACUGAUCUCCGAGAAUCCAAAGGUGCACGUACUACGAAACAAUGCUGACUCUUUCAACUCAGUCUUUUCAGACACCACUAUUGUGGCAUAGCAUGAGGUUGCACUCAUCCCCAAUUCUUCAUUCCACUAAAAUAGUGGGUGUUGGCAGUCUGCAAAUUCUGCUGCCUCUCAGGACAGAGCAGGAAGAGGGCUUGAUAAGCUAAUUGGCAAGGCAGGGAACAUAGCAAACCGAGAAAAACAGAGUAGAAAGUAAAAAUGCUACAAGACAGGUAAGAACACACAUGUAGCCAAACACUGCCCUGAACAUGUACAUCAAGCUUUAGAAGGAAAUGUGCUACAGCGGUACAGGGAAAGGUAUGCAUGAUACUUUGGAUGCCCUUUAACCUUGCUUGAGCCUUGAAGGAAUGACAGCUGUACAGUAGAUGCCUUGUGUAGAGCUUAUAUGCCUCUGCUUUGUACUGUAACCAUUAUUCUACAAAAAUAGCACAACUAUAAUAGAGGAUGGAAUGUGGUAGCAAUUCAUUUUUAAAAAAAAAAAAAAAAGAAGUCUAAAAUGUACAAACAAAUUUGAUCCUAUCUGAUUUUCUACUUACACAUGCCCCUUAUAGGCAUUAGGCAAUUUGUGACAGUGUGAAAAAAGCUGAGGGAAAUCAUUUACAUAUCGUAAAUGUUUUUGGUCGAUCUGUUUACCAGGUUUGUUAUUGACGCUGUUAUGUAGCCCACACCUAACAUCUGGAUGGAAAAUCCAUAGACCAUAUACAUUGGGUAAACAAAACAAAUCAUGUACUGGAAUAUACCCCUUGACAUUCCACCACCCUUCCCCACUCCCACUUCCCCC